CGCGCAACGUCAACUGCUGCCGCCGCGCGCUUUGGGUGUCGCGCUGGCUCGAGUGUCGUGUUCGGGCGCCCCGUGGCUCGCGUGCUCUUGAUGUCACCUUCGUCUGAGCGCGGCCGCGAGUUGCGGGCGUGCGAUUGCGGCGUUGCCUUUACAUAUCGCGCAUGGACCGGGAACGCGAAGAAGAGAUGGACGAGUGGGAAAGACAGGAGACGGGAGCCGGAAUCCCGUAUUAUGUGAACCAUCGAAAGGAGAAGACUCAGUGGGACCAUCCUGAAAUGGUCCUUAUCAUCGAGAAGCUAACGUCGUUCAACGACAUAAAGUACGCUGCGUACAGGACUGGAGCGAAGCUCAUCUACCUUCAAAAGGAACUGCUGUUCAGCAACGUGCAUGUGUCAAUGCUUGGCAGUGUGUUUGGGGCACAUGGCCUGGAAGGUGCGUCCCAGCACGAACUGCUCCUGGGUUGCGCGCAAGUCGAGGCCAUCUUGGAGGACCUCUACAAGCGAGCUCCUGGGGUACAUCAACAGAAAGUGCCCCUACUCGCUUCACUAGCCCUCAAUCUGCUCCAGAACCUUUUCGAUGCGAAGCGCAAAGGGACAAUUCAAGUUUUGCAGAUGAAGAUAGCCCUGUUUGUCUUCUGCGCUGGCCGGCUCCUGGACAAGCUCAAGUACAUUUGCAACGAGCUGCAAGACGGUACUCAUCGCAUUUCCUACGAAGAGCUCGAGAGCUUCCUGCACAACAUCUCAAAGAUUCCAGAGUUCCUUGGUGAAAAGCUUUCAUUUGGCGCUCACUUUGUUCCUGCUGCUGUGGAAAGCUGUCGAAAGCUUGCACCAGCGCUGCCUGCUGUUCCAGAUGACAUGUUCCUCAAUUGGCUGCUCCGGGAACCGCAAAACCUUGUUUGGAUCUCGACAUUCUACAGGAUGAGGUCUACUGAAAAUGUUGCACACCCGAUGAAAUGUGGAGCGUGCAAAACGUACCCCAUCGUUGGUCUGAGGUACCAGUGCCUUCAGUGCCUCAACUACGACUUGUGCCAAAGCUGCUUUUUGCAUGGCAAUGUCAGCAAGAACCAUUCCAUCAAGCACCGAAUGCAAGAGCACUGCCAACAGACAUCUUCCUGGGAAAAAGUCAAAGCUGUCCUGAAGACCAUCAGCCUGAAGAUCCAGCGCUGGAAGCGUGAACCCAGGCCCAGUUAUCUUCCCCUCCAGGCCAACCCUGAAUCCAAGGCUCCAGCGCAAAGCCCGAAAGCGUAUCGAGUGCCGCCAUCAGAUGAAGUGGACUGCGUGAAGACAAUGGCUCAGAAUAACGCGCACAUGGCACCUUGCAUGGACACUCUUCACCAACAAGAGCUGGAGAGCAUCAUCGAGCGACUCGAGCGAGAAAACAGGAAUCUUGCCCGCGAGGUAGCCGCCAAAGAACACGGCACGGGUAGCCCCACGUCGGUGCCCUCGUCACCUCUCAGGCAGCGGUACCUCCACCAGCACCUGGCACAGGUGGAGGUGCAGCUGAAACGCAUGCGCAGUCUUCUACAGGUGCUAUCGAGAGAGGAGAUGGGCGGCACCGAUCCUGUGAUGUGCGUUCCCAACGGUGUGGCUGGCGGCGGUGGUGUCGGUCAUCCGUGCUUGGCACCCAUGGCAAACCCCGCCUGGCUCCAGAGCACUCCGGCCAACGGCGGGCGGGUGCCUUGCAAAAGCAUGGAUCGGUUCAUGGAGAUCCACAAUGGUCUCAAAGCAAUGGAGGCCCCCAUAAACGCGCCCACCCCUCCGCCUCCACCACCGACGCCAAGUGUUGUCUGGGAGCUGCGCCGAGACGUGGCUGCAAGUUCAUCCACACUUCCAGAACCGCCAUCGCCCAUUGCCUGCGCCCCUCCCUCGGAGAUUGUCAGUGCCUGCGCAAACAAGGGUGCAUUGGACUCUGCAAAGGAAUGCACGUUUGGUGACCUGACGUCGCCAGUGCGGUCAACCUUUUUGGGUGACCCCAGCAGCACCACGGUGAUGGGCAAUGGCUGUCCCGCCGCACUGCCCGGGCUACCGCUCGACGGAGAGCUGGAGAGCAUCCUGAGGCAACUGGACGACCUCCUGUCCGAACCCAAACAAGCCGAACGCUGAUCUGGGUCUCGUUUAAACAAUGACUAAUAUGCAAAUCUUGGUUCAUCGUUACAAUUCUGUGGUGGUGAAGAAUCACGUCAUGGAGACCGUCAAUCAGGUUCAGCAAGUCAUGGACCGAAUGAAACAGACCUGCUGAAAAGGCAAUUCCCACCAACGUUUUUCGCAGGACCAGCGGAUUUUCUGUAGCUUCCCAUUUUUUAAGUUACUUUUUUUUUCUCCAAAGUUUUUGUAUGUACAGUUCUAACGUUUUUGAACGUAUAUGAGAAAAAGUGUGCACUGUAAUGUAUUUCACGCUGAUUCAGCCUGUAAAGUGAGCCGUGCGCAACGAUACUGUAAAAUGGUGUACAUUGCAGCUUUCAUAUACUGAUACCACUUGCAAUGGUAACCAUUUAUAUUGGUGGACUUUUGUCUGCUGAAUCGUGUAGUUGGGAUGUUUCUGAAAACAAAUCCCUAGUACUGUAAUGUGCAGUCCAGUGUUAUAAUGAACCAUUUCUCUUGUUUGUUAUCAUUUUAACCGGACUGCACGUUAAGAUGUUAAUGAAACGUUGGGCACUACUAACUAAAUGUAAAAGGCUUCUGUAUUUUUGUUGAAGUCUCUGCUCUCUGAUGGAACUGAGAAACGCGAGAUCCGGUGCAAAACCUAUAACUGUUCCUUUUGUAAAGGGUCAGGAGUUUACUUACCAAUUGUGAAAUCACCAUGCCGAGUUGCUGUGCUGUGUGCGGCAUGAAGCAAGUACUGUAAGGGUUUCAAUUUCAUCUGUACCCACUGAUUGUCGCGUUGUAAUUGUUCAGCUCACCAUAUUCAGCUUUAUGUCAGCAGUACAGAUCCAGAUUGAAGUGAGUGUUAGUUCCAGCAUACAUCGCCAAUCAAAAGAGUGCUUCGUUACAGUGAAUUGUUAUAUAUAACUUUUUAUUGUUGAGCUCAUUUUGCUUAUACCUUGAAAUGCAUAUUUAUCUGUAAUCGAAGCUUCUAGGCAUCCGGUUUCGUGAUGAAUACUUGGUGUGACAAGCGCAUUUUUCCAUGACUUUAGACAGUACUUUGUUAUGACACAGUUCAGCGGGCCUUGUGCAUAUGCCAGGAGGCAACGACAUUCCUUCCACUCACUGCCGCUUGUGGAGUGUGUGUAACGUGUCAGCAGACGAGGGGAGUUGCAUGCUAUGUACUAACUGUCCAAGGCUGCCAUGCUUUUGCUGAGCUUUUGCCAUUUUUUUUUUAAUCUCUUAAAACUCAUAAGCCCACCGGAACAUAGCUCCUUGAAGGAGCAUAGCUGAUUGUGGAAAUGUGUGGAACGCUGCGUUUCGAGUAAUGAGACAUUGCGCUUAACUGUGUUGAAAGGGUGCAGAAAACACCAAUUCAAGCUUUCAAACUUGCCUCUGCCUUUUGUGCAUUUCGGUCGUGCAUGAAUUCGCUUAUCACUGUGCGAGUAUACGUGUGAGGCGCAUUUAACGGAACCUACGACUUGAUUGACAUGCGCCUUCCUAACCUGAUACUUCCCGACGUUGCUGGUUGGAAACUAGCGUCAAUCCUUAAUUAAAUUCUUUGACACUGUGUCCAUAGGCACAGCAACCUCACUUCAGUGGGAGCGAAAUGUAAAGGAAUGCCCGUGUACUUAGAUUUAAGUGCACGUUAAAGAACCCCAGGUGGCCAAAACUAACUUGGAUUCAACCGUUACAGUUGACCUCAUAAUCAUAUCGUGGUUUUGGCACAUGAAACACCUGUGUUUGCUGUUACUGUGUCUAUAUAGGCAAAAAAAAAAACAAUUUUGUCUGUCAUUUUCGUACAGCCAUGAAGGGGAUUUGUGAAGUAUUUUUUUUCGGCAGUGGGGGGUUAUAUUACAACUCGGUGUUUGUCGUUCGGGACAAGUGGUAAUCUGUGUGCAGCUAAAGGCAAAUUCUGUGUAUUUGCUGUAUUUUGUGUUUCAUAUCUGUCGUGCCACAUCUCCUAUGACAGUAGCCGUUUCGUGAGGGGUUAAUGUAAUAUUGCUGUCAUGAAGUGUAAAAACAAAUAUGAACUUGCCGUUGUUCCUAGCGAAUUUUCUGAAGUGCCAACGUGUGGGUGUCGUAUGUAGCGAUCGAAGUCCGCUGCGCAGUGAUGGAGUGACUGCAUCUGUCUGUUCUGUUUCAGUGUUUGUUUUUAGGGGUGUCACUGGUGCCUUUGAAAUGCAAGUGAGCUCUCAUUUUGUGGGCAGCUGAAUUUUGUUCCUGUUUAACUUAUCACGAUUCCCACAAGCAUCAAUUUUCGUACGAGCUCUCCAAGAAUGACGCCGUGUACUUUUUGCCUGUUUUGAUGAUGGAAAUUUGAUCACGGCGAAUUGUGUUGGGGAGUAGCUGGCAAUGAGGCCAGCUUGUCGCAGUGCAAGAAUUCACCGCGCAGAGAAUUGCUGACAAUCGCUUGUCACUUGCCUCCUUGUUGCAUUUGCUGUUACGCUUUUGUCUGCGUGAUACAUAACGCUCAUUGUCCAGCUCGAAACCAUGCUUUUGCUGCAACAGGUGGCAACAAGUGUUCUAUGCGGUAAAGCGUUGCGGGUCCACUUUUUUUGUUGUUGGCCACAGUAAAUGUGGCUCUCAAAUGUUGGGCAGUUUUUUUUACUUUUGCCAGUACAAGAAACGUUUAUGCUGGCAUUUUCACGUCUCGCACAUUUACAAACCAUUUUGUUUAGUGAAUUGUUAUAUUCAUUUCUAUUUAGUGCAGUCACACAGUACCUGCAAUGAUCUUCACACCUGUUUCAUCAUUUAGUGGAUACAGUAUCCGUUAAGGAAUUGUUUUUUUGUUAUAUGUAGAUAGUGCAACAUUACCAUCAAAAGCGGCAUAGCUGCCUUGUACGAGUGCAUUAUAUUAACAGCCUUUUAAUGGGAGUCCCGACACAUUUUUGUCGGCCUCUGUUGUCUUUACAGCGCCCACGUUUAGCGGGUUAGCAAGUAUUUACAUUUGUCAUCUUGCCUCUUUAUGAAGAGUGUCAGAACUUUUGGAGCCUAAUCAAAAUCAUUGAACGCGAGUGUCGUGCCUUAUAUGUAACUCUUGUAACAUUGUGUCAAAUAUCUAAAGUGCGCAGCUUCCCUACUGUCAUUAACUAUGGAGGGGAAUGAACUAUUGUGCGCUGCAUUUCAUGUAGUUUGGCAAUGCUUUCCACGAGGUGCAACUUCCAGUGUACUGCUGCUAGUUAUGUACAGUACAGUCCGCUAGCAAUGAAGCCGAUGUGUCGUGACAGACACUCCUGCUUUGCCAAGAGGUAGGAAUGGCUUGCAUGUACACAUUCAGCCUACAUUUGUGCAUUAAAAAUAGCCUGCGUGCCUUGAUGGGCUUAUUCCAGCUUUAGUUGGUAGCCAUAUCCUGAGUGCUUCCAUUAAACCAUGGUCUACAUAUUUCCUUCUUCAUUAGGAAGCACACUGGAUAAGUUAGGCUGUAGAAAUUCGUAUAUUUGAAAAAUUUUUACAGCUGAGUGCUAUUAGUCAUUGUUUUUCUUGUGGACAUCGUGCCUUUCGCUACUUUUAAGCUGUGACAAGCAUUCCACUUCGAAAGGGUGCAUUAGCGUGAAACACCGAAAUUUUGCAUUGGUAGAUUACUGUGGUGAAACUUAACAUGCACUUCGUUUUUGUGUGCAUUGGUGACAAAAGGUUGAUCAUUGGCAGAGUGUGUUAACGCCGCACAUCGCGUUACUGUAUCCAUUACUGCAAUACUAACGACAACAACAUGACAAUGAGGGGACAUAGCUAAUUUCACGAUACUUGUCCAUGCUAGAGCUUUUUUCUGUUGUGGGGAAAGCUCGGAAGAGAUUUCGAGGUCGCCAAACUAAGCUAACAACUAGGUGUAAGCAACAGAUGUUGCCAAAAUCUGUGAUGUCAUAAGUAACUGGCACAAGAAUUUCAACGUGUUACCACUAGUAUUUUUAAUAUCCGUAACUUUUGCGGUAACUUUUUCAGUAAAACUAACUAAUAUUGGAACAGCAGCUCGACUGGAAACAUCAUUCACUGAUAUAAUGUUCCAUUUUUGUUAGCAUCUUCUGCUGCACACUUGCACUUUUGUUUGUCUCUCAACCGAAGUGCCUUUGGCAGAUUGCUAUUUUUCUGGAAUGUUUAAAUCUUUCCUACAACUUAGGUAACUAACGGGCUUGUGUCAGGCCAUUCAUGGUGCAAGCGGUUUUUUUUCUUAUCCGACUGUCGAAGAAUGCUUAUGUAUAAAAUCCAAAACAAAAAAGUUCUCAAAGAGACCAAGGGGUUUUAAUGCUUCCUAGCCACCUCUUCUCAUAACGUUACAGAUCUCAAAUGGGUUCGACCUUAGUCCAAAUUAGAGUACUUUUGAAGAAAUUUUUGAGGUCAAGGUGUGAUUCUUUGUAAAAGGUAUUCUGAGGUCAACCUUUUAACGUGAUUCUGCGAAACCUUGUGUAAUGUUCUCAAACUAUUAUAAAUCUAUCAGCUCAACCUGUCGGCCAUAUUUAAUUCUGUCAGAGUUACGCAGACGUAACUGUAGCUCAAAGCAUCAUCAUCUUUAGUUCAUGCAGCGUCCAGCGUUAUCUCCUCACUGGAGCAGCAUGGAUAGCAUCGGUGCGCUUGACAGCUGCACCGUGCAAAAACAGCAUUGACAGGCUUUCCUCUGGCGCUCUCACGAAUAUCGGCUUUCACUGUUUCUACCAAAUAAUGCGUGUCAUGGGGAUUUGUACACCCAAAUAUGAAAUAUUUUUAUAUGGUCCUAGAAGAUCUCUAUUGCCAUCUCUUUGCCAUAGGCUUACUGAGAAACUUGUUAGAUGAUGCCAACAGGUUUUUAGAUGCUAAUGUGCUAACAGUUUGGAACACGCUAGAAAUGCGCGGCAAAACAUGCUGAGGUUGUUCGGCCAUGUUUGUAAUCCAUAAGUUUGUUUAGAAAGUGCCGACCGGAGACCUACGAAAAGCACCUAACGCUUAGUGCAUGCGUGUUUUUUAUGUGUAUUUUUGUCCAUGUCUCAUUUGUGCUUUCUAAACGAACUUAUGUAGGUCAUUACAAGCAGUUUAAAUUGCAUAUCAAUGAACAGCUUCCCUGUUUUUUAUACCUUGUUCUUGGUCGAGUUUCACAUGAAGGAUGGCAGCCACUGAAGAGAAAGCAGCCGAUAUUUUUGCAACCUUUUAACCCCAUGAACUUUUUGCUGCUGAAAGCAUUGACUCGCCAUGUGGAGUUGCAUCAUGCCCGUUUCUCCUCGAGCACGUCCAAGUUGCAUGGCGCUACAUUCACAGUGCACUUUGUACUCUUGUUGUUGGAUUUGUACUUUCAAUGCUCAUUGACAUAAGUGCUUACUGAAUGAAUGUAUCUUAUCGCCGUUAAUUCCCAAUUGAUGACUAUUCAUAUUUACCGGUUUUCUAUGUGCAUGCGAAGCGGCAGAAAAUAGCUUUACAAACCUGUUUCUUUGUCUGCGGGAGAACUGCAAGGUUACGAAGCGAAGUGGCAUUGCUUUUUAAUCAUGCACUCACACAAAAAAAAGAAAAUAUUUCAAUGUAUUUGAUUUUCAUCUCGGGUAUGGGUUGCUUCUGUUGAACACAGUAAUUUGUGCCUGGGAAACGAUUCCAGAUAUUUAUUACGAAUAUUACAAGUAAGGCUAGAAAUGUCCAGUACUCGUUGAUCGUUAUGUUCAUUGUUCACAAAUUCAGUGAGCACUUGGUUCAGUGAGCAUUGGAUGUAGCCAUGUGAUCAAGUAAGUUCCUUGAGCACCUUGAACAAAAGUUGUUGUAUCUUUCUGCUGCAUGCAACUAGAGUGGUGAAUGGAGAUAGGCAGAUACCGACUGUCUGCUUAAUUACAGGUGGUAAGCUUCCCUGUGCUGUUGCCUUCGCUUCAUCAAGGUGCGCUUAAGUGUGCAGUGUUUUCGUGCCUUUUACAGCUUAUGUAAAGAUAUCUAUUGCUGCUCUAUAGGAUACUGUGUUCUGAUGUUUCAUUACUAGUUUGUAGCAUCGAUCCCUGAAAAAUUUAGAGCUGCUUGAACUGUUUUCAUGGUGCGGCCCAUCGUUUGUGACCAGUGGCAGCCGCCUAGUUGUCUUUGCUACAAACAUGCAAAUUUUGUACAGCGGUUUCUUUGUCUGGUUCCACAGUACAUUGCAUGGCCUUCUUUUCGCCACUACCGCGUACGAUUACCAUUAUAUUUGACAGAGAGCAUGGUUGAAGCACCUUUUUUCCUUUCCCACAGAUGUUACUGGAGGUUUCUAGCUGUGGUGCCUUGAAUGUGCAAGCUUAAUGCGUCUUCCUUUUGAAGCACACUUUGUUUGCUGCUUACAGCACUCGUUUGUUUGAAGUUUUAAUUGUUGUCUUCCUCGUUUAGGUUAGGCCUGAUGGUGGUUUCUCGCAUUUAUGACUGCUGCUUUAUAUAGUUAAUGACAAAAUGCGAGCUGCAAAUGCUUUCGCGUAGCUCGGAACCUUGCAGAACUUUGUUUUUUUCCAAAGCCCAUCAUUAUUGCCAUAUCUCUCCUGUAUUGUGAAGGCUGUUUUCACGUGCAUUUAAACGCUAAGGCAUUCGUGGUCUUGUGCUGUUACGUUAUUCAGGUUAACUGCGAACUUAUAACGUAACUUGCUUCUCACCAUGGGGUUCUGGUUUUGUUGCACCUCAUUGUUCCAUUACUGCCUCUUGUUACUGUUGAAUUCGUGCAUUACUCAUGCAUCUACUACUAAAGGAUUCAUGCAGGGCCACUGGGCACUGUUGCUGUCGAGGUGAUAGACCAAAUAUAGACAUUUAAUUCAAUACUAAUUACAAAUUAUAAUUUUAAGCUGGUAAAAUAGUCCUUCAAAACUUUAUUUCCAUGCAUGUCUUGGUAAGAAAAUGUCCUUCUUUGCUAAUGGGUCUUCAACACACAAGCAAACAGCAAAACGCAGUAUGCUGUAUGCUGGGUAGCAUAGUAAACAUACUUGAAAAGCAUUUUAGUAAAAGUACACAAGAAGGACGUGUCUGGUGUUUCACUUCAGCCAAAUUAAAGCGCUAUGCGUAGCAGUGGUGUCAGUCUUCUUUUACACUUUAGAUUUCAUGGUUGACUUAAUUUCGGUCGAAGUUGUGCGCAUCUUCUCAUUCUUGUCCACUCGUGCUAGAAUCCUUUUCAUUUGCUAAUGGCAGCUUUUGUGGUCGAGGAAGGUUAAGUGGAUCGUGCAUUUCAGCGAGAACAUAUGCGCAAGAUGUUACGCAAGUCUUCAGCAAGUGUUUAGACGUUCAGACUGUGGUGUUUCAAACGUUACCUCUGCAUUUUGCAGCUUCUUGUGUACUUUGCUGGCUGCGUCAAUGAAUUUUUACAUUUCAGUUUGACUUUUUUUUUUUGUCUGCAUGUUAACAUUAUCAGUUUGCUUCAGACCUUUGAAGCGGAUGUUGGUUUUUGUUGCUUUUGAGACCUUGAUACAUUAUCAUUGCAAAUGGUAGGGCGUACGUUGCAUUGUUAUGGUUCAAUGUUGUUGUCCAGUACAUAACAUACGUGCGUGUAUAUAUAUAUACACAAUUUUUUUCUUGUGACUAAAUGCUUUUUUUUUAAAUACAGACUCAAGUUUUCUUGCUUAUAUCUAACAGCUUCUAUUAAUACAGAUGCCAUCUCUGUGGCUUUGUGAUGUAAAAUAGUAAUUCGUCUUUUUUUCUGUUUUUUUUUUUUAAUGGUCUCUUGGCAAUGAUUUCAUUUUGUGCAUUAUGUGUAGGUAUGAGUGUCGUACCUUCAUACUGACAGUUGUUUUUGUACACUUUGGCCAGUUGGGUUAUUUAGAAAGUGCAGCUGUGCUUUUGACCAAAUUCACGCAUUUUUAUGUUUGUUGGGGUUAAUGGUGUACUUAACAGUGACUGGAGUUUCUUUUUUUAUGCAAUGAAGCUAUUACUUUAUUUUUCUUGUUAUUGUAGAUGAAGUGUAGAAGAAACAAGUAUUUAAUGUACUAUUGGUCUCUCUUUUUUUUACAUACAUAAUAUAUUACGUCAGUGGAUGUAUGCUGAGCAGUUUCAGAGGUUUCGGCCUGUGCUGCUUUGUAUCUCAAGGUGUAAGGAUGGCUGAUAAUGUGGGAUUAUAUUAUUUUUUGCCGGUGCAUUGUGCGCACUUAUUAAGAAAAGAUUGUUUUGUUCAUUAAUAAAGCAUUGUGCACUGUG